UUAAAGCGUACAAUAAUAGCAAUAAUAAAUAGCAUCGCAAUGUCUGCAAUUAGCAGUCGCAAUCAGAAAAUGGAACAACAGCGCCAACUGAUGGAGGCAUACAUCCGUCAGAAACGCGCCUCGCCGGGCAUGGUCCAAGCGAGUGAUCUGCAAAUCAGUCGACCCAUGUCGGGGAUGCGGAGCAACAGCCGUGAAUUGCACGCCUACGACGGACCGAUGCAGUUCAUCAGCUCGCCCCAAAAUCCGGAUCAAAUAAUAACCAGCAGCACAGUCGUCUCAAUGAGCUCCUCUAACUCGAGUCGUAACAACUCCAACAACAUGAGAACACUAAGCACGAUCAAUCAAGAAGAUCUAAUUGAGGAAAUCUCCUCGCAUGAGAUGGAGGAUGAGGAAAGCAGUCCGGUAACGGCUUUAGAGGCACAGCAAACCACCCACUCAGCGAAUUCCCAACGGCAACGAACGCGACAACAAUCCUUCAGCGACACCCUGGACGAGGAUGACUAUGCGAAUCGGAAUAUUGCGGGCGCUGCGCCCGUUAGACCUGCCGGUCUAGCAUCUCCAUUCAAAGAGCCCAUUUUGGAUAGUACGAGUGGAGCAACAAAUGGCAGUGGCAGCACCGGUGGCAACGAGUCCGAGGGUGAUCUCAUCGGAAAUAUUGACCAGUUUGUGAUGCAACCGGCGCCGCAGGGUGUGCUCUACAAAUGCCGCAUUACACGCGAUCGCAAGGGUAUGGAUCGAGGACUCUUUCCAAUUUAUUACCUGCACCUAGAACGUGACUAUGGAAAAAAGAUCUUCUUAUUAGGCGGUCGCAAGCGCAAGAAGAGCAAAACAUCCAACUAUAUCAUAAGUUGUGACCCCACAGACCUUUCCAGAAAUGCGGACGGCUUCUGUGGGAAACUGCGCUCCAAUGUGUUCGGCACGUCCUUCACGGUAUUCGACAAUGGCAACAAGGACAGCACGGAGAGUCCGCGACUCGAUCUAGCAGUCGUUAUCUACGACACCAAUAUUUUGGGCUUCAAGGGGCCUCGAAACAUGACUGUCAUAUUGCCUGGAAUGACCGAAGAUGAUCAGCGCGUCAAGAUCAAUUCGGCAGAUCCCAAGCAGCAGGGCAUAUUGGACUUGUGGAAAAUGAAGAACAUGGACAACAUUGUGGAGUUGCACAACAAAACGCCCGUCUGGAAUGAUGAGACUCAAUCGUACGUGCUCAACUUUCACGGCCGCGUGACACAGGCAUCUGUUAAGAAUUUUCAACUAGUGCACGAUUCGGAUCCGGAAUACAUCGUCAUGCAGUUCGGUCGCACCUCCGAGGACGUUUUCACAAUGGACUAUCGCUAUCCCCUGUGCGCCAUGCAAGCGUUCGCCAUCGCACUCAGCAGUUUUGAUGGCAAAAUAGCCUGCGAGUAGGCCAUGUUUUCAAUUGAAGAUGCCUUAUAACUACUAUGUGGAUGUACUUGAUCUGGAAUUAUGUGCAGGCGUGUUAGCUGCUACUUACUAUUAUUUUUAAUAAGUAUUUAAGAAACAGUCAAUUAGUGGUAAUUUUGUGUAAACGCUAUUUAUGUAGGUGUACUAUACAUUGCAAUGCUAAGUCUAAUAAUCUAGUCAAGACCCUCUGGCCCCAAUUACAGUUUCAAGAUUCGAAAUUUGUAUACUCGUACAUAAACCGUACUUUCAAACUAAAUGCUCACCGAUUUUUUACACAAACCAAAGAAAUUGACAUAUUGAAAUAUAUA